UGAAGUCCGGACAGUCGCUCUGUAUUUUGCCUUUUAUUUUAAGCUCCAAGAUACCUUACAAUUUGGACAUUGACCUGCAUGUAAACAACGAAGUACGAUUCGAUGGGGAAUUGAUCAAUUGUUGAUUUAAUUCGGGGACAGUGCUUGGCUAGACUUAUACCCUGGAUAUCCAGAUAUAGACGUGAUAUUAUAUUGCUGCUGAAUCAUGCUUAGAAAAAUGGCGUUCAGUUCUAUAGGAAGACUGCAGACCGACGUUGGCCAUUUCAAACUCGUGCAGCAGACGUCGACCAGUACCAGCGGACAGCUCGUCGCAAGGCCCGCCGCAGCUAUGGCGUCGCGCAACCAGUCAACGAUACCCCUGGUUACAGCAGAUGAUUGGUGGGGAAAGUGCACGAAAGUCGACGUUUUAGGGGAAAAGAUGUCAUAUUAUGAUUCGGAUCCCCAAAAUAGCAACAACAAGCAUGCAUUAGUCUUCCUUCAUGGCAACCCGACGUCGUCAUAUUUGUGGAGAAAUGUUAUUCCUCGCGUGGAACCCAUCGCUCGAUGUCUUGCACUAGAUCUUAUUGGUCAGGGACGCUCCAACAAGCUCACUAACCAUUCUUAUCGUUUUGUUGAUCACUACCGUUAUCUAUCUGCUUGGUUUGAUUCUGUCAACUUACCAGAAAAGGUUGGCAUAGUAGGUCAUGAUUGGGGCUCUGCACUAGGAUUCCAUUGGUGUAAGGAACACAGAGAAAGAGUUGAAGGUCUAGUCCAUAUGGAGAGCGUGGUGGGCCCUGUCCCGGGAUGGGAUCGAUUCCCAGAUAUGGCCCGAGACUUCUUCCAGGCUCUGCGCUCAGAGGCUGGCGAGGACUUGGUGCUGCAAAAGAACUACUUUGUGGAGCUUCUCCUGCCCAGGGCUAUCAUGCGCGAGCUACGUCCCGAGGAGAUGGAUGCAUACCGCGAGCCGUUCAAGAACCCUGGUGAAGAUCGGCGCCCCACCCUCACCUGGCCACGGCAGAUUCCAAUCAUUGGCGAUGGCCCGGAUGAUGUGAUUGAGAUAGCUAAAGCGUACAACUCCUGGCUCAGGGAGUCUGCCGAUUUGCCCAAGCUCUUCAUCAGUGCAGUUCCAGGAUUCUUUAGCGAAGGGAUCAAGAAGGGAACUGCUAAAUGGCCAAACCAAAAGACUGUUGAAGCCGAGGGUUUGCAUUUCCUACAAGAGGAUUCACCUAUCCAGAUCGGAGAUCAUGUCAAAGAUUUCUUGUCUAGUAUUUAUAAUUGAAACUCCAUUCUUGGGAUUUCUUAAUUCUACAACUCUCUUCAAAAUAUCAAUUGCCUGUAUUCUGACUUUGCUUUAUGGUAUAAACCUUUAUACAAUUAUGGAUCAUACAUGUACCAUGAGAAAUCGGCUAUUAUUUAUUCAUAUACUGUUUAAAAAUUCAAACUUUUAUUUCCAUGAUUCAAUCAUCUUGAUUUGUUUCAGAUUACCUUCAAGUCCAUGUGUAUAAACUUGGAGACUGAUACAUCUCCUAUAAUUAGCAUAUGGUUCAGCUUCCUUAGGAAACCAAGCACUGCAGAUACAAGAAACCUGUACAUGCUCAGCUGUGCAUGAAUACAUACUUUUUUUAUCCAUUUUGCAGCUGAUCUUUUUCUGUGAUUGGAUGAUUUAAAAGCAGAUUUUCUUUCAUGAAAUAUAUGUACAGAGUCAAAAGAGGCCUAAGCUUUCGAUCCUAGCAGAAUCUUCUUCGGAGGCAAAAUGACCAAUGAAAUAUAUGUACUUGUGAAUGUGAGUCUUACUAUUCAUCUAGUAAGAUUCUAAUAUAUAAGACUUAGAGAUAUUUUUUUUCUGUCAUCAUCAUGUUAAAAUAUUAAAUCAUUUGAGUAUUUUGUUUUUAUAAAUGUGCAUAUUAUUGAUUGCUCAUUCACCAUUCCUUUUAGUUUGGAAAGUCAUAACCGAGGAAUCUGUGUAGAAGGUUGUAAAUCCUACUCUCAGGGCAAGAUGACCAAUACUUCCAGAAACACUUUUCAGUUGAAAAAAAAGUAUACAAGCUGAUAUAAAAAUCCUCCCAAAUGAGAGGGGGUACAUAUUUUCACUCUCUCUGUUUUUAUAUGCAUGCGCUAUUUGUAAUUUUGGCAAAACAAUAAGUUACUUAUAUCUUUUU